AGGCGUCCCAUAAAGUGUGGCACAUGUGGACAUUUGGAUGCAGCAGGUUGACAAUUUGACAAGGGGCGUAUAAAAGUUUUGUUACUUUUUGUUUUGUUAUAUUAAGCCCUUACGUAUGCGUAUAGAAACAGUUUUGUUUGUAAUGCAAUAUGGCAUGUGUGUGAACCGUAGUUAGCACAGGUUUUUUGCUGACCAAUCUGAUCAGUGGUGUGCCUGUUGUUGCUGCUAAACAAGACAGUAUUGGCAAAAUAUUCCCCCCCUUAUGCUUUAGUCUGAAAUAGUUAGAAAGGAGUCCAGAAGAAUGAACUUGUUGCCACGAACCACAGAGGAGCUGAGCUCGGUGGACUACUGGGAGAGUUUCUUUCGGAAACGUGGAGAGAAGGCGUUUGAAUGGUAUGGGGACUACCACUCUCUCUGUGGAGUGCUGCACAAAUACAUCAAAACACGCGAUCAGGUGCUGGUGGUAGGCUGUGGCAACUCUGAGCUCAGUGAGCAGCUGUACGAUGUGGGCUAUCGGCAGCUCACCAACAUAGACAUCAGCGAGACGGUGGUGUCACACAUGAACCAGCGCAACGCCGAGCGCCGACCGGACCUCACCUUCCAAGUUCUGGACGCCACUCAGACGGGCUUUGAGGACGGCAGUUACCAGGUGGUGUUGGAUAAAGGCACCCUGGACGCCAUGGCGUCCGAAAAGGAAGGCGUGCUGGCCACCAACAUGCUGACGGAGAUCGCCAGGGUGCUGGCCGUCGGCGGCCGCUACGUCUGCGUGACUCUGGCCCAGGAGAACGUGGUGCGUCUGGGGGUGGAGUUCUUUGCCAAGGCCGGCUGGGCCGUUCGGCUCCACUGCAUGACCAAAGAGCAGGAUGAGGACUCCUCGGAGUCCACGUUCGCCUUGCCGGUGUUUGUUCUCGUCUGCACCAAGUUCCGCCAGCCGCCGCCGUUCGCCGUGCUGGAGAUGUGCUUGGGAGAGGACGGGGCGCCUAAGAGACACGCGGCGGUGCCGGAGAUUCUGGCCGCGGUGAAAGACCGGCAGACGUACGCGCUCUUGCGCCAGAAGCUCCAGAAAGGCACGGACUCUGGCAGCAGCCCGGCGCUCACGCUGUGCCACACGGCCACCGGGCGGCCGCGAUACACCCUCACCGUGCAGGACAGCCCGCCCAGUGCCAAGGUGCCCCGACUCAACCAGUUCGCCAUCUUCAUCGUGCCACAAGGUCGUGAGUCGGACUGGCUGUACGGCUCUGCGGAGGGCCGUGUGCAGCUCGCUGCCAGCGCCAACUUCAAGCGGCUGGUCAUCGCCUCCAUGCACCGGGACCAGGAGUACCAGGACAUGCAGGCCAUCCAAUCAGAACUCUCGCCCAUGGUGAUGGAACUCGCCCCACCGGGCAUGCCAGCCAAUCAGCAGGUGCCCUUCCUGUCCGUGGGGGGAGAUGUGGGCUGGCGUCAGGUGGUGGGGCGGGGGGUGAGCGCGCUGACGGGGGAGUACACCGUGGAGGACGUGAGGGGCGACGGCGGCCAUCUUUACAGGAGACUCGUCUUCCUCAAGAACGACCAGCUGGUGCAGUCUGAGAGCCGCCUCUGCACACACAACGCAAAACCAUCUGCAGCACGCAAGAAGAAGAACAAGCGGAAGGCCAACCCCUCGGCCUCAGAGGCUCCGCCCCCCAACGCAGCCCCUGAUGCCUCCAGCGCCAUGGCGAUAGAUCACAGCGUUCUCUGCUGCUCACACCACGAGGUCAUGGUGGCUGGCAUGGCCAUGCUAGGAUUGAACCCCAGUGGCAACAGUGACCAACUGAUCUCGGUUCUGCUGGUGGGUCUGGGUGGCGGAGGUCUGGCCCAGUUCCUGCAUGACUUCGUUCCGUCCUCGCGGGUCGACGUGGUGGAGCUGGACCCGGCGGUGCUGGACUUGGCCCAGACCUGGUUCGGGUUCAAGACCAGCGAGCGGCUCAACGUGACCCUGGCGGACGGACUGGCACACAUCACCUCCCUGCAGAGCCAAGGUGGCCAUGCGUAUGAUGUCAUCGUGUUCGAUGUGGACAGCAAGGACCCCAGCCUGGGCAUGAGCUGUCCUCCUCCUGCCUUCGUAGAAAAGGCCCUUUUGGAGAAGGUGUUCAGCUUGCUAACCGCACGAGGAGUGUUCAUGCUGAACCUGGUGUGUCGCGACUCCUCCUUACGACAGCAGGUGAUGACCACGGUGAGGGGCGUCUUCCCCCGCGUCUACUCGCGGCCCAUCGAGGGAGAGGUGAACGACAUCCUCUUCUGCCUGAAGGAAGCAGCAGCAGCAGCAGCAGGUGGACAAGACAAAGAGAAGAGUAAAGACCCCAAAGACUCUACUAGUGGUGGUGCUGCUGUACCUACUGCAGAGCUGAAGAAGGCAGCCAAGAGCCUGCAGGCGGCCAUGCGGGCACACAGCCAAGGGGCACCCAGCAGCCCACACCUAGACAUCGCCGCCCUGCUGGAGGAGCUACGCAUCGCAUAAAUAAUAAAAAUAAUACUGUAUGUUGCUAUGGUGUACAUGGGAAAGAUAAUGCAUCAAAAAUGGAGUAUCAUGAUUUAUCAUAUGGAUAAAUUAUGUCUGUAUAAAUAUAUUUGAGUUUGGAGUGGUGUGUGGAUGAAUGAGUGUGUUUGGUUGUUUUGUCUGCUCUCCGCCUUCUUUGUUUCAUGUUGAAUCUCAUUUCAUCUGUGAUCCUUUAAAAAGAAAUUAAAGGCACAUUCAAAAACUUUUA